AUGAGACGACGAAACAACGGUUGCUGUUGCCAGAACAGCAAGAGGGCCGGUCGUAGCGGGUGCAACGACUCCGAGGGGAACGAACCGCCCGGAUGGUGUAUUUACGCGACGGUCGCUUUGGUCGCCGUUGGUUGUUACCUGAACGCGUUAGGUGGUGAUUUCGUGCACGACGAUAUACCCGCGGUGGUGAGGAACAAGGACGUACUCGCCCAAAACCCGUGGACCAGCAUCCUGAAGGACGACUUCUGGGGCACCCCUAUGCACGACAUCAACAGCCAUAAGAGCUACAGGCCUUUGACGACGUUGACGUUUCGAAUUUCUUAUACUCCUCUUACUCCUAAUAUACCGUCACGUUUCCUUCGAAAAGAUAUUAACGAUGACUCUGACACGAAUCUGAUACGAAAGUUCCAAGUUUUAUUCGUUGGUGCUCGAGAAGAGCAAGAGACUUUAUCAAUGAUGGGAGUUAAUGAGAAUACUCGUACUACGUAG